AUGAUGGCCCUGCAAUCGAUUCCCAUUUUCCGAUCAAAAUUCGUAAAAACCAUCUCCCAUCUGUUCCCAAUUCUCGAUUUUUCUCUCUCUUUCCACCAAUUCGCCCCUCCAAAGCCCCGCCGCAAACCCGCCGUCGAAGACGGGAACCGCGGUGGCCCGAAUCUCCUCCACCACAAAGACUGGCUCAGCCGGCCCGAAGCAAUCCGGAUAUUUCAGGAGCUCAAAGACCCCGACCAAGUUCUCCCGCUCUUCUCCGAGCUAUCGGCCCGCAAGGACUACAGUCCCAACGAGAACCUCUACGCCACCGUCAUCCACAAGCUCGCCGUCUCCAAAAACUUCGACGGGAUCGAAACGUUAAUGGAGAGAAUCAAGGUCGAGCGCAAAUGCCGCCUUUCCGACGCAUUCUUCCGUGAUCUGAUCAAAAUCUACGGCCACUCUGCCGGCAGAAUCAACAAAGCAGUGGGAACCCUAUUUGACAUGCCCGCCUACAAAUGCUGGCCCAGUGUAAAGACUUUCAAUUUCGUUCUGAACCUUCUGGUCUCGACCAAGCAGUUCGAGGUGAUCCACGAGGUUUUCAUGGGGGCUUCUAAAUUAGGAAUCGAGAUUGAUGCUUGUUGCCUGAACAUAAUCAUCAAAGGGCUUUGUGAGAAUGGGCAGAUAGAGGCCGCCCACAAGGUGCUCGACGAAUUUCCCGAACAAAAAUGCCUUCCCAAUGUGAGGACUUUUUCGACUCUAAUGCACGCGAUGUGCCAGCGAGGCCGUGUGGACGAGUCCUUUGAUCUUCUUAAAAGAAUGGAAGAUGAAGAGGUGGAGAUUGAUGCUGUUGUUUUCAAUAUUCUGAUAUCGGGUUUGAGAAAGCAAGGGAGAUUCAAAGAGGGAGUUGAGCUUUUCGAGCAAAUCAUGGCAAAAGGGUGCAAACCGAAUGAAGGGACUUAUCAGGAAGUUUUAUAUUGCUUGCUGGAUGAAAAGAGGUUUCUUGAGGCAAAGGGUAUUAUGGGGAAGAUGAUGGAUAUGGGGAUGAACCCGAGCUUUGAAUCCUAUAAAAUGGUUAUAAAAGGCUUUUGUGUGAAGAAUCUUGCAGAGGAAGUUGAGUGGGCUUUGAAGAAAAUGGCUUUGAGUGGAUUUGUGCCGAGGAUGGGCACUUGGAGAGAGGUCGUGCGGUGUUUGGUCUUGCACGAAAGUGGUUUGUUUGUGGAUUUGGUUCGUUUUUGCAAAGGAUGA